AUGCCCGGACUCUUCAACCCCAUCACUAUCGGCGACUCUCUCGAGCUUCGCAACCGCAUCAAUAUGGGUGCUUUGACGCGGAACCGCUGCAUCAACCACAACAAACCCACCGAAGCUGUUGUUGCGCACUACGCAAUGAGAGCAAGAAACGGGCCUGGCUUGAUUGUAGGAGAAGGCACGUUCAUUUGCCCGCAGGGCUCUGAAUACCCGUAUGCUCCUGUCAUGUACAAGGAAGAACAUGCGAGAGCUUGGGAGAAGGUCACGGAUGCUGUCCAUCGGGAAGGAGGAACGAUGUUUUUUCAGGCGUGGCAUGCCGGGCGGCUUCAGCACGAAGACAUGCCGAUGCUUAAAGAGUCGGGCUUUCCUGUUCAAGUGCCGUCAAAUGUGCCGGCUCCUGGUGGGAAAUUUAGACUGCUGGAAGGGGUUCCUGGCUACAGUCACAACUUGACGGAGAUUAAGGAUCCGAAUGAGGUUGUCGAGCAAUACAAAAGUUCUGCGAGACUAGCAAAGUUGGCAGGCUUUGACGGGAUUGAGCUUGUUUCUCAAGGUGGAUACCUCCUUCACUCCUUCAUGAUGACCCACACAAACAAACGGAAGGACUCCUACGGAGGCUCCGUGAAGAACCGAUGCCGCAUCGUCCUGGAAAUCGUUGACGCGCUAUGCGAUAUUUGGGGGCCGCGUCGCAUCGGCAUCAAGAUCUGCCCCACCGACGACGUCAAUGAUUCCAUUGUCUCAUACAAAGAGCUCUCUGAGACUUACACAUAUCUCAUCAAAGAAAUUGUUGCCAGAGAGCUGGCAUAUGUCAACCUCACGCGCCGCGGCUGCGUGAAGAGCCGUGCCGAUGGUCUUGACGAGAUGAAAUUGCACCUGAGACCAGCGGGAAAAGAACUGCCGCCGGGAUAUGACCCAUUGAAGCAGUUUGGCCCGAUGAUUAAGUUUCCAGGAAGCAAGACGAAGCUCAUGGUCAAUUGGAACUUCUCCAUUGAGGCGGCGGACAAGCUCGUGAAGGAAUCAAAGAUCGAUAUGGUCGAGAUUGGUCUUCCCUUUGUUACAAAUCCGGACCUUGUUUCCCGUGCGAAAAACGGAAUACCUCUUGCUGAGAAUGAUCGGGGUGGAAAGGUUUACUAUGGGCCUUACAGUGACGUCAACGAGAACUACAAUGAUUGGCCUACAGCAGCUGAAGCUGUACCUGUGAAGCCAUGA